AUGAUGAAAAUGAAUAUUAAUGAGAAGGUAAACAUAACUCAUCUUUUAAAAAAUAAUAUGAAUAAUUUAGUAGUUUAGAACAAUUUAUCUAAGAGCAAUAAUCAUGUAAUAAAUGAUUAAGUUAGCUUACUUGAGCACAACAGCAAUUUGCAUGCACUCAAAAAGCAAUUUAAUUCUAUUUUAAAUUAUGAAGAUGCUUUUCAAUAAUCCUCUAACGAUAUGAGUAAAAGCUUCUUUUAAUAAAACUUAAAAAAUGGAGCAUAUUUAUCAAUGGUAGGGAGAGAUAAAUUUGAUUAUGUAAGUUAAAUUAAUAGAAAUAAUCAAAGUUAUCAAUAGAGUUAAUCCCAAUUUAGCUAGAAUAAAGUUCAAUAUAUUUAACAAUGCAUGAAUUAAAUUCAAACUGGUAUUUUACUUGUCAGUCAAAACAAAAAACUACUUUAUAGUAACAAACAUUUCAGAAAAAUCUUUGUUAAUUUCAACAGUAACAAUUAAGCAAUAAACACAGGAAGCCAUUUUGCACCCUAGAUAAAAAAUAGAUCACAAAGCACUUACAGUAAUAUAAAUACAAAUUACCAAGCUAACUCUGAUAAUUUGAAAGCUUUUAGCUAAUUUCUUUAAUUAAAAAUUUAAAUGGAUUAUCAAUAUUAAUAAUAAAAUAAAACCUCAAAAGAUACAUAAACUCAAAAUUGUAAGACAAAUCGAAGCAAAAAGAAAAAAUCUCUAAUUAAACUAGAAACAAAAUUGGAUUAAAUAUUGGAAGAGCAAAGGUUAACGAGAGAACUUCAACGUUAAAGCUCCCCUAAAAAUAAAUAAAAAUAAGAAUAAUUUGGUUCUGUGAUUUAUAAUUAAUAUCAUCCAAGUAAACCUACUCCAAGUUCUUCUAAUAUAAACUAUAAAAAUGGACAAUUAUCUCCUCGUUCUUAAAUUAGAAAACUAACGACUGUUGAAGUAGUAACUAAUUCUGAUAAGAAGGAUUAAGUAAGGAUUGAUAGAAAUCAAAUUAAUAAUUAAGAAAGAAGAUUAAGUAUUGAUUGUAAAUCUCUUGGGCAUAUUGGUAUUCUCCCUAGCAUAUUAGUCCAAACAUAGAAUUAAGUUCCAGCUAAUCCAUAGAUUAAUAGCAGCGUUAACUAAUCAAGUAAUUUUAAUAGUCAUUUAAAUGUAAAUAUCUCUCCAACAAAAACAGGUAGUAAUACUAUCUUUGGUAAAAAUUCUAACAAAAAAAAUACUUUUCUCUAUAACGAUAAGCAGAAUUCAAAUUAUUAAUUAUCAGUUGAUCAAUCAACUAAAAGAGUUUUACAAUGUGCUAUUCCUUCAAGUAUAAAAAAAAUAUUCUCCAAAAAGAAUUUGUAAGUUGAUGAUAUAAUUAAUUACCUGAUAAUCCACUCAGUUUCUCCACAGUUUUAGAAAAUGAAUACAGAUAAUCAAAUUUUAUCUGUUGGAAGCCUAGAAAGUAAGAAUACCUUAUUUUCGCCCAAAGCUUGUGCCAGCCCAAACACUCCUCUCAUCAAUAAAACGCAAGUGAAUUUGGCUUCUAAAAAUUACUUCUAAAUGGAAUCUAAAGAAAAUAAAUCAAUUUAAUUGGAUUAAGUCAUCAGUAAUAAUCAUUUAAGAAUUAGCAAUAACGAAAUAGAAUAAGAUUUUGACCCAAACAAUAACAUUUAAGAUGAUGAUUUGAUGAAAAAUUCAGUAGAAAAAGAAGGAUAGUCUACUCUUUAUGCCCAAGUAGAAAAAGAGUCUGCUUACGGUGAAGCUACUACUACUGGAGAUAACUUUACGUGCUAAAGGAGUAAGGCUGAUACCCUUUUUUCGACCUAGAAAAUGUAUAAUUAUUACAUUUAAAAUAAUUAAUUGCAUGUAUUGGUGAAUCUUUGUGACGAAGAGGAAGAAAACGAAGAAGAAAAUUCAAACAUAGUUGUAUUAGAAGUAAAAUUUAUGGUUUUUAUUGAAAUAGAAGAUUAAUUUGAAGAAAAGUAAGUUUUUGUUUAAGUGGAAGACAUAACGAAGCUAAAAUAAUUUGUAGAAGAUGAGAAUUUAGAAAUAUAUAAGAAUAAGAUACUUUCAUCUAUCACUCAUGAGCUUAAAACACCAUUGAAUUGCAGCAUACAAAUGCUUGAUAUGCUUUUGUAAAAUGACGACAUUUCUGAUGUCUUAAAAUAAAUUUUUAUCAUCCCUGCUCUUAAUUCUAAUCAUCUACUGCUUAAUAUUAUUAAUGACAUACUUGAUCUUGCCUAAAUCAAUUAUGGAAAAUUCACUAUGUUUUUCUCUGAAUUUGAGUUAAGUAAAAUAUGUGCUGAAUGUGUAAAUUUGAUUAGCAUGCAAGCUUUGCAAAAAAACUUGGAUGUAGAACUCGAUUUAGAUCCUCUUAUACCUUAAACCAUAAAUUCCGAUUAAAGCAGAAUAAGAUAAGUUCUACUUAAUUUAUUGAGUAAUGCAUUGAAAUUUACAUAAAAUGGCAAAAUUACGAUUCGCACUCAUCUAAUAGAAGAUAACUUAAUUUAAGUAGAUAUUGAGGAUACGGGCUGUGGUAUACCAGAAAAAAAUUUAAAUAAAAUUAUUGGUAGAUUUGGAAAAAAGGACCAUCAAAAUAUCAAUCACUAACUAAAUACUUUUGGGGGAGGUUUAGGAUUAACUAUAGCAAACAAUUUAGCAACUGGGCUAGGAGGAAAUCGCAGACUUUAAGUGCAGAGCAUUGAGAAUGUUGGGAGUAAAUUUUCGUUUUGUAUAGUCAAUCAACCUCUAAAUAAAGUUGGGUGUAAUUUCUAGUAUCAAAAUUUAUUUAGCUAAGAAAUCAUUAAAUGGGAUUACGUUUCUGAAUAAAAGCAGCUCCCUUAUUUACCUUAAUAAAUACAAAAUCAAUAAGAAAGUAACAAUACAAGUAAUAAUAAGAAUGGAAGCACUAAUGGUGUACCAUAGUCUUUAAUUAGCAUUAGCAACAAAAGUAAAAAAAGGAAUGAUGAAUAAUCACUCAAAUCUCUCAAAUAUAACAAUCCUAUUUAAUCACUUAUCAAGUUUAACACUGAAAUAAUGAUUAACGCUAACAAUAACAAUAAUAAUAACUCAGCUUUAAAUCACUUUUAUCACAUGAGCAGUAUUGCAAAAUCUAUAAAUGAACCACUUUUUAUGAGCUAAAAUGUGAACAGUUAAAUUGAAGGAGUAAAAAGUAAGAAGUUCCAACUUUCUUUUCGUGACCUGAGCUAACACGAUGAAUAAGGCUCAUUUGUUGAAAGUUCUUUUUUACCUUAGCAGUAACAGCACCACUAUUAGUAAUAGGGACACAAAAUUAAAUAGGGAGAUUAGCCUAACUCUAAACUUUUUUUUAAUGAUAUUUUAGUUGAUAAUAUAAGGUGCGAAAGCUAGCUCACUUUAAGGAUGAAACCAGAUACUGAAUCCAAUAUUGAAAAUCCUAUAAAGUAAAGCGCAAGUUAUUCACCAGCCCACUAAUAUAAGGCUUAUAAGUAAUAUGAAAAUAGUUUCACAACUCAAACUUUUUAAGAUGCUAAAAGCAGAUAAAGCAGUAGAAAUGCAAAAAACGGAAACAUCCAAAAAAAUUUUACGUACUCAGAACUAAUGCCAUAGCUUCCUUCAUCAAGUUUGUAAAAUAGUGGAUCCUUAAUCAAUUGCUACUAAGAAAGCAAAAAUUAAAAGUCUUUAAAAUCAAAAGCAUAAAUUUAUUAACAAGAUGAUUCCUCUCCCUAAGAAAGCUUUCAUAGAAAAACUAAUAAAGCAAAAUCUUUUCUUUCUUAGUUCAGAGACCAAGAUCAACCAAUACAUCUCAAUGAUAAAAAGAGCAGAUAAAAGGAAUUAAUGGAUGACGAAUCUUGUGAAAUUUAAUUCAAUGAAAGCAGCUUUAUUUAAAUUUAGGAGCCAAACAAAUCCCUAAAUUUAAAGGUAUCCCAAAAAAGAAUAAACAAUCAAAAUAAUGAAUUUUCAGUCCCUUACUAUGCUUACCAAGCAAAUUAAUAGGAAUUAGUUGAAGAAAAAGGAGAUUAGUAAAAUUAUUAGUCAUAAAACAACUUAUAUGACAAUUUUAGGUUUGAUAGUGGUUAAGAUUUUAUGGAAAUAAAAGUACAAUAUAAUGACAAUGUUAAAAACAUCAGCAGCUAAACAAGUAGUAUUAACUAAAUCAUAUAAAAAAAAUUGGCUAAGAAAGAUUUUAAUAUUUUUUCUGACUCAUUUGCUUAAAUAAGAGAAAGCGCAGAAUUGGGUAGCAACUUAAGUAAAACGAUGGAUGAAAUAAAAAUUGCAGAAAAACACAGUUCCCUUAACUUUAAAGAGUCAGUUUAUGACAUAAAUCAAAUUAACUUAAAUAGUAAAGAAACUAAAUUUUCUCAAUCUCCAGAAAACACAAAAAUAUCAAAAUUGGAGCAAUCUAUUGAGAAAUUUACACAAUAAACUUUAGAUAAAUAUUCAAAAAUUAUGCAUAACUACAAACAGUCUGCAGAUGCUAAUAGUAAUGGCACUAAUAAAGAUAGCAUAAUUAUUUCAGAAAAUAGGCUAUCAAAAAGCUAAGAAAUUAAUUUUAAAUAAAUAGAAGACCCUAUGAAUUAACUUUCAUAUUAAAAUAUGGAAAUUUCGAAAAAUAAUAGUACAGAUAACUAAAAUAAAGCUAAAUUGAUUGAAUACAAUAAGAAUAGAACAUGCAAAUGCUCAAACAUAUUGAUAGUAGACGAUAAUGAAUUUAAUAUUUACACAUUAGAAAUUAGACUCAAGAUGUACGGGUUCAUAACAGACCGUGCAACAAGCGGAAUGGCAGCUAUUUAAUUAGUUAGAAAUAAGUUAGAGAUAAAUACAUGCUGUAACCUUUACUUGCUAAUUUUUAUGGAUAUUGAUAUGCCAGUUAAAAAUGGUUAUGAAACUACCUCUGAAAUACUUCAGUGCUACAAAGAAAAAAAAAUCUAAAAACCUCCACCAAUUUCAGCUUGCACGGCCUAUGUACAGCAAUCAGAAAAAGCUAAAGCUAUUUAAUCUGGAAUGUAAUUUUACAUAACAAAACCUAUAAAUCAAGGACUUCUAGAAGAUACUUUACUUUAAACAAUAUUAAACGAAUCAAAGAUGCAGGUAAAAUAGUAAAAAAUACUAUGA